GAAAAUGUGUUGAUUUGGUGACGGUUGGUGGUUAUUAGAGUUUCCCGCGAGAUACAUUUAAUGAUAUUUCCAAAACAAAAUAAUUAAAAAUCUGUGCCAAAUUUGCGGUCAGCAAAGAGUACACCUAUGGAAGUCUCAACAAAUGAAGAUUUGUGGACACCAUUCAAAGAACUACAGAGUCUAGUCGAGAGGGCAGUAAGCAGUGAAGAUGACUCAAUUUUGGAUCCACUUCAGAAAGCUUUACAAAAGCAUAAACAGAAUUUUUUAACCCUUCUAAAAAACCCUCCCAAGAAUGGCAAGGCAAGAGAAGAGCUGGAAAAGGCUACAACAGAGGGUAUCCGCCUGGGUGGAUUGGCACAUCAAGUGCUACCGCAGGAGCUGGUGGAUGAAAUCAUCAUCAUCUCAGACAUGUAUGAUCUCAAUGAGUACAUGGUCUUGGAUCUGCUCACUACAGCCCAACAACAGAUGCCCUAUCACCCCGGUCUGACUCGUGGCCUGGUAGCUGUGCUACUGUACUACGAUGGACGCAAAGCACUGGUCACUGCGCUGAGGAUCUUACUACAGGCCAGGCACGGACUACUGUGGACAGUAGAAGCUGCUCCGGAGAUAACCCAUUAUGUCACUACUUACACCAAAGAUUUACUUGACAACGAUCUCAUUGUGAAAGUGCUUGGAGUGUUGGCAUCACUGGAUCUGGCCAAAGAAGUGGAGUUACUGCAGAAUAAUAGAGCAUUGGGAGGCCCCAGACACCAUCAGCAGGUGGUGCAACUGUAUCAGGACAUCAGACAGCAGUUGGCAGACGUUGUUUACCUGACAGCUGCUCAGAAUGGACUGGCCAAGGAGCCCACAGAUUGCCUCAUAGAGCAACUGCGGGUGACCAAACUGCAGGCUGACUCCAGUGGAGGAAUUGAUGGUGUUACACUUGCCCUACAGAUGGCACUGCUCUAUGUGUUAGAUGUGGGUAUCUUGCAGCGCCGUGAAGACGGAGAAGAACUGCUAGAGAAGAUGCCUCUGAUAAGUGACCCCAGAUUCAUGCCUGGCCUGCUGAAAGAGUUCUCCCCUCGUUUAACAGACAAAGUUUGGCAGUGUGAGGGUCUCAAGGCUCUUACUCAGCUGACCUUAGCAGUGACACUCACCUCGUUACGAGUGGCCCCUCCCAAUAUCCAACCUCAAGGUGUGUAUGAAGAAGAUGAAAUAUUAAUAGACAGUGCGAUUAACCUGAAAGUGUUUCAGUUUUUGAAUAACACUUUUCUGCUGAAUGAAACAAUCCAUAAAGAGGAGUUUUAUUUACGGAGAUUGCACAACCUCUUGACUGACUUCAUCAUUCAAAUGCCAUUGAAAUUGAAAGAGCUCCGUAACAAAGCUGAAGAUGCUGCCAAGACUUACAACGCUUACAUGCAGGAAGGGCUGGAUCCCCCCAGUAACCUGUCACGGAGCCUGGAGCAGCUAUGGCUAUCACUGUCUCGGUUGUAUGGCAGUGACCCACUGUGCCUAGAACUCGAGCUGGACUAUUGGCCGGGUGAGGGUGUGGCUCAGACCUAUGCCUACCGCACGCCCCCGCGCCAAGUAUCACUGUACAAGUUUGUCCGCCAAAGUUCCGAGGGACUGCCACCCACGCUGUUUGUUCCUUACAUGAAGAUGCUGGCAUCCUUGGUAUCCUGUCAGUCAGCGGCCCGCCAGGCCUUCAAUCUCCUCAAGGUCAACAAUAAACAGUCCACGAUCACCUGGGACCACUUCUUCAACUCUCUUAACAAGUACUAUACCAGUUUGAGGCAGGAGUUGCCCCCCAUGACUGACACAGUGUACCGACAUCGCAGCUACCCGAAGGGCAUCACUCCACUGGAGAUUCAAGGGCUACAAUCUGUCCUUGCCCUUGUCCGCACAGUAGCAGAACACGAUCAGAUGUCUCGUCUGGCUCUCUGUGAAAACGCUGCCUGGGCUCCUCUCUCUCUGCUCCUGGGUCUGGUCACCUGCUCCAUCCAGAUCAACCUGAAGGCUGAAAUGCUUCUGACUCUAGCUGCCCUCGCCAAGUCUCCGGCCACAGCCGCCACACUCUGGCAUAACCUAGAGGCCUCCCAGAUAUUGGCCACUGUACCCAGCACUAGCAGCUACCAGCCCAGAGGCAUACAGACAGAGCUAGAGGAAGUAGAGUGCCGCAAUGAGGAGUUUCCUUUGACGCGAGCCAUGCUGAAGCUGCUGGACGUGCUGACUGAUGUGCCAGUACCAAAACUGUUGGGCGUUGGUACACGUACUCCUGGCUUUGACCCCUACUUGACCUUUGUGUUGCACAAUGUGUUUCUGCGCUUUAACAAUCGAUCCUAUAAGAGUAUCCAGGAGAAGUGGGAGGUAUGUAGCAGCUGUCUCCACCUGCUGGUUAAGUUCCUGACGCAGUAUGAGCCCAAGGUCGAGGACUUUGUCACCACUAAGGUUCAGCUGCAGGGGGGAGGUUCCACAUCCAUCAACCCUCCCCCAGGGUAUCAUCUGAUGGCCCAACUGUGCUCCAAGUCUGAACUGUUCAGGCUGAUAAUGAUGCUGAUCGACGAAGGUUGCCACAUGCUGGACAGUCACACCGUGUUCGCUGGUAAGGCUUCCAUGGAAGCUGCGACACUAUUGUGUCUGCGUGCACUGGACACAGCCUUGCGUCUGCAGCAGCGAUACCUGGUUGCUCUCAGCGCUGCGGCUAGCUCCCUACUGCUGACAGACUUAAUAAAACUACUGCUCGGCAUCAACUCCCGCACUGGCAAGCCUGACCAUCUCUUAAACAUUGCCAAAUACGUCACAUACAACAGCUGGUUGCCUUCUCAUUCCCUGUAUGCUGUUCGGAUCUUCCUGGCCGUCACCAUGUAUCCUGUACAGCAAUCACACAUUGUAUCUGUGCUGACUGCCACAACCAGCUGUUCUAUACACAUCCGCCAUGGGUUUGUUGAAUGUCUGGAAUCUGAUGACGAGCUGCCAUCGGAAGAUGACGAAGAGAUGAGUGAGGUGGGUAAGACGAAGGAAGCCAUCCUCAAGUUACUGUUGCAGUGCCUGGGCCACACUCCCCCCAACCUAGCACAUUACCUCCUGGGCUUUGAGUUAGAGAAGGAUGUUAGUCUCACCAACUUCCAACAACCAGACCAAACUUUGAGGAAGUCUUCGACAAAACUAUGGCCUACCCUUGCGUUCCAAGACAACCAGGCAGACAACGAUAGAGAAAAUGUGUUACGGCUAGUUCAAGCAAUUCCUGGUUGCGAGAAAGCAGAUGAAACAGACGUCAAUGAAUGGAUGGUAGCAGAUGGUGCGUGCUCCGAAUUCCUAACUAAUCAUGACAUAGUUGCGGCAGUCACUCAAGAAUCAAUCGAGUGUGAGGAGGAAGGAAGUGACGACGAGAACCUGGGUGAUAAAGGAGAGUUGGUGCCACACGUAGACGGACCUGUUCGGAUUAUCCGACGUUUGGAUUACACGUGUUCGGAUUAG